AUGAAUAAAAGUUUUAAAAAAGCUUCGGAAUUAUUACAUUCAAAGAAUAAUAUUGCUAUUACAGAUGAACUAAAAGAAAGAUUUGCUACUUUAAAUAAAGCAAAAAUAUUUAAAAUAUAUGAAACUUCUAAACCUUCUAAACCAUCCAAAUUAAAAGAAACAUAUGAACGCCCUUCUAUAAAAACUUUACAAAUAUAUGUUACUACAUCCAGACCUGAAAAUACUAAAAAAAAAUUACAAAAUUGUGGUUUUCCAGAUUUGAAGAAUUU